UGAAGUUUCAGUGGGUGGAGCAGAAAUAAGUCACUUCAGAAAUGAAACGAAAGCUUCUCAGUGUCACUCGGCUGCUCAGCGAAGGAGAAUCAGAGAGAUUUCUGCUCAACUCCAUUGCGACCGACAGUCACAACCUGCUCAUCCGUCAGCUCAUCAUGUGGCCCCAGAGUCUCUGCUGUUUUGCCUUUCUGUCUUCUUUGUUCUCAGAAACACAUGCAGCAGUGAUUGUGGAGACCCCCCUUUAUGGCACAGUGCAGCUCCCCUGCAAGUUUCCAUUUGUGACUGAGUUCCAGGAUUCCAUUGUGACGUGGGUGAAAGUAUCUGAUAGAGAUAAUGAUGUUGCACCUCAGGUGGUUCACAGCUUUCAACGUGGACAAGACAUCACAGAGGAUCAGGAUCCAUCAUAUAAAGGGCGAACCUCUAUAUCUCCAGAGAUGUCCAAAGGCAAAAUGGAUCUCACUCUCACCGAUGUGACCUUUGAUGAUGAGGGAUCUUAUUACUGUCAGGCAGCCAAUAGGCUCUCCAGAGAAUUCAAGGAAAUCCAACUCUCCAUAACCAGUUUAGGCGCAGAAGAUCCCUCUGUUACAACUGACGGGGAGAAUCGGCUGAAGUGCAUGAGUGAAGGACUUUACAAAGACCCUCAAGUUCAAUGGCAGGACAGAGAUGGCAAUGAUUUCUCCAGUUAUGGAAAGCUGAAUGUCACUGAUCUCGGUGAUGGGAGGAAGAAGGUGGAGUCAGUGCUGGAAUAUCCAUAUGAGACCAACAAGCAAUACUUCUGUCAUGUGAAGGAGGGGAGACUGAGAAGAUCUGCCAGAGCUGUGGUGUCAGAUGGGAAGGAACCUGUCUUUAUUAAGGAUGAUCCGUAAUCUCCAGCAACGAGAAGCUUUUACCCUGUGAUGAUGCCACUCAGCUUAAGGGCUGAGUUGUGUUUUUGAGGAGAUUUUGCAGUCAAAAAUUUAUAUAUUUUUUGUCUUAAAAAAACUUGGAUUUUUCGGGUGUUUGUAAAAUUUUGUUUGAGAUUUUUUUUCCCCCGGCCUGGAAAUUUAAAUCAGAAAAUACACCAUCUAAAACCUGUUGAGGUCAUGUAGGAGUCGAGGGCAGAGGUCCCUUGAACCAUUUGAAGAUGUUAAUGGCCUUCACUCGAAAACUUGAAUCAUUUGAGCGAUUCAACUUUUUUCCCGCAGAAAACUCAAUUAAUUAAGCUUGCUGAUUGUUUGUUUUUCCCCAAUGUAGCUUUUUCUUAAAUCACAAAGCAUUUGAAGGAAUGGAGAACAUAUAAUACAGAGAUGAGGGAAAAAGGAAUUUCCCAAAUUAGACACUUAAUUGAUGGAGACACUGGAGAGUUAUUGCUUUGGGGUGUUCUUAAAGAAUAUUAUCAAUUGGAAGAAAUAGAUCAUUUUCAACUAAAAAGAGGUACCAAAUUAUUGGGAAAUUGAUACUAUAUUUUGCUUUUUAAACAUCAUCUUUAUGACCCACUACUUAGUUUGUUGGAGAACUCAAACUUUAAUAGAAUUCAUCAAAUAUCCCAAUUACUUUUGUCGCACAGAGAAUACGAUCCUUUGAAAAAUUCUGGAGGAAAAUGGUCUUUAAUUUUAAAGGGAUACUGUCAUGGGAAAUUUUAUUUUUUCAAAACACAUCAGUUAAUAGUGCUGCUCCAGCAGAAUUCUGCACUGAAAUCCAUUUCUCAAAAGAGCAAACAGAUUUUUUUAUUUUCAAUUUUGAAAUCUGACAUGGGGCUAGACAUAUUGUCAAUUUCCCAGCUGCCCCUGGUCAUGUGACUUGUGUUCUGAUAAACUUCAAUCUCUCUUUACUAAAAUGUAAGGAAUAAAAUGUUGACAUCUUCCUCUA